AUGGCAAAUCUUUCGUGUAUUGCUGAGCAGAUCGCUAGUAAUCGCACUCUUAAUAUACACGAAUUCGAUCCUCUUCGAGUUAUACCCGAGUUAGCAAGUCGUUGGGAUCAACAAAGAUAUGUAACCGGAUAUGAAGUCCUCAAGUUUAUAAUUACUCCAACUUGUAACAACGCUCAUAAUAUUUCUAAUCCUACGACUAUUGAUGCAAUAGCUCGUUAUAUUUGGGUAAAUUUCACUCUGCCUACACAACGUGAUGUUUAUACUAAUGCCGCGUUUCGCACAAAUGAGCGUAAAUUUGGUCCUUCGAUUGAUAAACGCCCGAUGAGGGAUCCUGGUAUAUUGGUUGGACAACCCGCAUAUCUACAUACAGAUUUUUCGGACCAGCUCUUUAAUGGGUCUGAUCAUCUACAGUAG